GUUGAAAUCGAUCACCAUCAUCAUCGAAUUCCCUCACGACUAUUCCACGCCAGUCCUCCAAGCCAUUGCUCCUUGCCUCGACGCUGCAAAAUAUUUGCAGCUGUUGCAAUGGCUUCGCAUUUUCCUAUUAGGCCAAUGGCCAAUGUAGCCAACUUUGCGCGCCGACAGGCGGCCUCAAGGCCUGCGUCUUUCUUCUUCACUCAAAGAUCGGCUUCCCAGGCCCGCUAUCUUUCCGCCUCCCCUGCAUGCCAGCAAGAUCCUCCUGCGCCGGAGGCGCCGCGCUGGAUGGCGACGCCAAGAGCUAUGGUUGCGCCUGUACGAUCACGACCGCGGCCCCGCAGGGAGUGGCUGUCCAACGAAGAUCCGGAGAAACUGAACCGGUUCUAUGUCCGUAUAUUAGGAAACCGCGGAGAUCAGAUGCUCAGCGAGGAGGUCAAGUGGCUUGCCGUCACGCAUAAGAGCUUUGACCACGGCAGAAGAGGAUUCAACGACCGACUGGCUUUCUUAGGAAAACGGAUAAUCGAGUUGCAAGCAAAUCUCGCUACGGUGCAGUCACCGCUGAGUACGCAACAAUCGCUCGCCGCAGCGGAUGCUGAGAAGGACGAGUAUGGCCGCGUUCCGUUCAAACAUCCCGCCCUUGAAGGUCUCGAGAACACGACCGAUCGCUCGCGCAAUUUGGUGGUGGACAAGAAGAGGUUGGCUCAGCUGGCUAGUUCGUAUGGCCUUAACAGGGUCCUUCGAUGGAAGCCUAAGAACGCUGAAAGCCUCUCGGGAUCCGGUAUCGACACUGUUCUUGCGCACAGCAUGUAUGCCAUUGUCGGCGCUGUUGCCCUGCAGAGAGGCGGCGAGGCCGCUAACACACUCACAAGAGAGAAGAUUCUGGCCCCUCUCGGUGUCACAGCUUAAAGAUGGACAUUUAGGAUUUUGUACGAUACCGGCGUCUCAUAUUACGUGAUGUAUAUUAUAUUUUCUUUCUAUUGGCUAUUUGUAUAUAUGGUGCAUAUAAAAGCAUGUUCUCUCCCCUGAGUGUCCUGGUUCAUAACUUCUCGUGGUCCUCAAUCCGAAGAAGUUGAUAAAUUUCGUAUCCUCGCACAUGGUUCAGUUUCUACUUGGAUGCGGCCAUUACAAUCCAUUUUCCUGUAGGUUUAUUCUAAACCUAGUUUACGAGUGAAAAUAUAUAAAGUGAUAAGCAC